AUGGUAGCUGAAAGGUGGUUGAGGAAAAUAAAGAAAAAUUUCAACAUAAUAGGAACACCUGAGGAAUACCAAGUUACUUUCGCUGUGUCCAAGUUAGAGGGUGGUGCAGUAGAUUGGAGGGCUCUUAUUGGAGUAUUUGAUGGUUUAAGACAAGGGGAUAUGACUGUGAAUGAAUUUUACAUGAAGUUUGUAGAGCUAUCCUCUUAUGCAUAUCCUGGUGUUGUUGAUCAACCCUUGGUGAUUGAACAGUUCAUGCGUCGUUUGAGGCCUGCGAUACGUGGUCCAAUAGCCCCUUUGACCUUUAACAACCUGAAUGAGUGUGUGACAGCAGCCUUGCGAACUAAGGCUCAUGUAGAAGGGAAUGAGAAGAAGAACACAAGCAGAGGAAGAGGAAAUGACCGAAAGAUGACCAAGAAGAAUCAAGGACAGUGGUCCCAAGGACAACAAUUUAGUGGGGGUAGCACUAGUAGUGGUUCAUCUGGAAAGACUCGUAGUGGACCAUAUGGGUGUUUCAGUUGUGGUCAACAAGGUCACAAGACGAAAGAUUGCCCGCAACGACAACAAAGAUUUCAAGCAUCUCAUGGAGGACCCAUAGGGAGCUAUGUAGAGUCUACUCCUUUUCAUGGACAGCCCAGGACAAACCAGUCUCAGUCUUCAUCCUAUGGUUUCACACCCCAAUUGGGCCAGAAGUCUCAGUAUCAACAUCAGUUCAGGCCACAAGGUUCAGGGUUCAACAUGGGGUACUCACAAGGUUUCCAAACUCCUGCUCCUAGUGGGAGUCAAAGAGGGUACAAUCAAGGUGGAGGGUCUGGUGCAAGUACAAGCUAUCCUAGUCAGGGAAGGGGCAAGGCAAAAGCAAAGUCAUCCGCUCAAGCCUACGCUCUUGGGGUUGAUGAUGUACACGGCGGUGCUGACCAGGGAGUUGUUGAUGGUAUAGUUCUUAUCUCACACUCUUGGGCUCAUGUGUUAUUUGAUACGGGUGCAUCGCAUUCCUUUAUAUCUUUGAUGUUUGCUAGUAUGUUGGGUUUGAGUUGGGAAACUUUUAGUCCUGCAUUGCAUUUGAGUGUACCUAUGGGGGGACAUGGUGAGGUAUCCACCAUAUGUAGGUCAGUUUGUAUUGUGUUCGAGGGACACAAGUUGUCUGGAAACUUACUAGUGUUGCCUAUGGGGAAAUUUGAUGUAAUUCUUGGUAUGGAUUGGUUGUCUAAAUACCAAGCUAUUGUGGAUUGUUCACGUAAAAGAGUGACUCUUUUAAUCCCUAGUGGUGAUUUCAUUGUUUAUCGAGCCAACACGAGUGCAGUGAGACAAAAUCCUAUCUUAAGGGCAUGUUUAGGUGGAAAGAGAAACUUAGAGUGUUAUGGGAAUCUGUUUGCGAUCGAUGAUGAGUCUAGGAAUUUAGACCAGUUCCCUUGGAUAUCAGUGGUUAGUGGUUUUCCGGAUAUGUUUCCAGAGGAUUUACCAGGGUUACCACCUGAUAGGGAGAUCGAGUUUUGCAUUGAUUUGAUUCCCGGAGCUCAACCAGUUUUUAUUGCACCUUAUCGCAUGGCACCUGCAGAGUUGGUUGAAUUGAAAAAACAAUUAGGGGAGUUAAUGGAUAAGCGCUACAUCAGACAUAGUACUUCUCCAUGGGGAGCUCCAGUCUUGUUUGCCAAGAAAGCUGAUGGGACUUUGCGACUUUGUGUCGACUAUAGAAAGCUGAAUCAGAUGACAAUUAAAAACAAAUAUCCUCUACCGAGGAUUGAUGAAUUAUUUGAUCAACUUGGUGGUUCAAAGUUCUUUUCAAAGAUUGAUUUGAGGUCAGGCUACCAUCAAUUGAGGAUUAGGGAAGAAGAUAUCCCUAAGACUGCUUUCAGGACACAUUAUGGACACUUUGAGUUUUUGGUAAUGCCAUUUGGGUUAACGAAUGCACCUGCUGCAUUUAUGGAUCUUAUGAAUAGAGUCUUUAGACCUUUCUUGGAUAAGUUUGUGGUGGUAUUUAUUGAUGUUAUCUUGGUGUAUUCUAAGACACGUGAGGAUCAUGCUGAACACUUGACAACAGUAUUACAGACAUUGAGAGAUCAUCAAUUAUACGCUAAGAAAGAGAAGUGUGAAUUUUGGAUGACUGAAGUCAAGUUCUUGGGCCAUGUAAUUUCUCAAGAUGGUAUCACCGUUGAUCCUGCAAAGAUAAACUCUAUUCUACAGUGGGAAAGACCAAAGAAUGUCACUGAAGUUUGAA